GCGGGGCCGGCGCGGCCCCCGGCUCCGGCGCGGCGCGGGCGCAGGUCGCGGGGCCGCGGGCGGGCGCGUGUCCGGCCCCAUGGCGCUGGCCCUGUCCCCCGGGGAGUGCGGCUACAUCCGCACGGUGCUGGGCCAGCAGAUCCUGGGCCAGCUGGACAGCUCGAGCCUGGCGCUGCCGCCCGACGCGCGGCUGCAGCAGGCGGGCGCGGCGCGGAGCCUGCGCGUGCAGGAGCAGGUGCGGCAGACGCUGGCGCGGCGCGGGCGCGGCGGGGCCGGGAGCCUGCACCGGACCAGCAGCGUCCCCGAGUUCGUGUACAACCUGCACUUGCUGGACAGUGAUGGCGGCGGCUGGCACGUCCCCGGGCCCAGAGUCUAUGACACACCGAAGAUGCAGCAGCUGGGCCCCUGGGACGGACGAGGCAGCCACGGGAUGGCCACGUGGGGCUCGGGGCUGGGCUGGCAGCGCCAGGCGGAGGAGCGCGCUUGGCGCCAGCCUCUGCGCCGCCUGGAAGUGUCCCCCGACCGCAGCCCCGAGCGCCCGCCCGGGGAGCCCUGGGGGUCCGUCCGCUACGCGCGCUCCGAGGUCCUGGGCAGCUCGUCCCGCUCGGGCACCUGGCAGCGGCCCCUGCCCCGCCCCGCCUGGGCCCCCGACGGCCUCCCCGGCUGCGCACUCACCUGCCCGCGGCCCCCCACCAGCCGCAGCACCGGGGACCUGCUGGACAAGGAGAACCUGGGGGCCGUGGGGGGCGCGGGCCGCCCGCUGGGGCCGCUGGGCCGGGCCACCCAGAGCAGGGCUGCCCGCGCCUCCUGGCGCCAGAGCUCAUUCCACAGUGCUCGCUCCGUGCGCACCACCAGCCCCGGGGACGCGGGGGCCCGGAGGACACACCUGACUGCCGGGCAGGUGGCCGCCGUGGGGGGAGGCCGCGUGCUCCUGGACAGGAGCUCCUUCUCGGGGCCGCAGCCCGGGAGUGGGGGGGACGUGGAGCUGACCCUGGAGCGUGCCGUGGGCAUGCUGGACGCCGACUGCCCGCCCGGCCGCCUGUCGGCCGCGGCCACCUUCAUCCAGCAUGAGAGUUUCCAGAAGGCGGAGGCGCGGAGGAAGGUGCACCAGCUCCGCGGCAUCCCGCGGCUCCUGCAGCUGCUCAAGGUGCCGAGCGAGGACGUGCAGCGGGCCGUGUGCGGGGCCCUGCGCAACCUGGUGUUCGAAGACAACGACAACAAGCUGGAGGUGGCCGAGCUCAACGGGGUCCCCCGGCUGCUGCACGUGCUCCAGCUGACGGGAGACCUGGAGACUAAGAAGCAGAUCACAGGUCUGCUGUGGAACCUGUCGUCCAGUGACCGGCUGAAGCACCUGCUGGUGUCCGAGGCUCUGGCCACCCUGACCGAGAGCGUGGUGGUGCCCUUCUCGGGCUGGCCCGAGGGCGACUACCCCAAGGCCAACGGGCUGCUGGACCUGGACAUUUUCUACAACGUCACGGGCUGCCUGAGGAACAUGAGCUCGGCGGGGCCGGAAGGCAGGAAGGUGAUGAGGAGGAGCGAGGGCCUCAUCGACUCCCUGGUCCACUACGUGCGCGGCACCAUCGCCGACUACCAGCCCGACGACAAGGCCACGGAGAACUGCGUGUGCGUGCUGCACAACCUCUCGUACCAGCUGGAGGCCGAGCUCCCCGACCCCCACGCCCAGAGCAUCUACGCCGCGCAGCGCAGCGCCCCGCCCGACAGCGGCCGCAGCGUGGGCUGCUUCGGGGUCCGCAGCCGGAAGGUGAAGGAGCAGUGGCAGGCCCUGCCCAUGCCGGAGGAGAAGAGCAGCCCCAAGGGCGUGGAGUGGCUGUGGCACUCGAUCGUGAUCCGCAUGUACCUGUCCCUCAUCGCCAAGAGCUCCCGCACCUACACGCAGGAGGCGUCCCUGGGGGCCCUCCAGAACCUGACGGCGGGCAGCGGCCCGAUGCCGGCAGCCGUGGCACAGCUGGUGGUGCAGAGGGAGAACGGCCUGCAGCAUGCCCGCAAGAUGCUGCACGUCGGGGAGCCCAGCGUGCGCCGGGCCGCUGUCUCGCUCCUGCGGAACCUCUCACGGAACCUCCCGCUGCAGGACGACAUUGCCAAGGAGACGCUGCCCGACCUGGUGUCGGUCCUGCCGGCCGCCGUGCCCAGCACCGAGCUGCUCAUCGAGACCACGGCGUCCGCCUGCUACACCCUCAGCAACCUGGUGCAGACCAGCCUGCAGCACGCGCGCGACCUGCUGGGCUCCGGGGCGCUGCCCAAGCUCAUGGCCAUCAGCGCCGACGACGCCGCCGUGUCCAACAAGGCCAGCCGGGCGGCCUCGGCCCUGCUGUUCUCCCUGUGGGCGCACACGGAGCUGCACGGCGCCUACAGGAAGGCCCAGUUCAAGAAGACGGACUUCGUCAACAGCCGGACCGCCAAAGCGUACCACUCCCUGAAGGACUGAGGGGCAGCACGGCGGGGCCGCGGGGGCCGCCAUUGCUCCCGUCCCCGCUGAUGACAGCAGCUGUGACCCCCGAGCUCAGCCCCCGCUCCUCUCCCCUUCCCGGCUCCGGUUCAGUGGCCCAGAUGCAGGUGUCCCGGCCGGAGCUGCUGCCUGUGGCCCGUCCACAGUGGGACUCUCUGGGCCAACACACAAGGAGCCCGAACCCCAGCGGGCGGGACAGCCCCCUCACCCCUCACCCCUCCAGCCCCCCUCACCCCUCCAGCCCCCCUCACCCCUCCAGCCCCCCUCACCUCUCCAGCCCCUCUCACCUCUCACCCCUCCAACCCCCCUCACCUCUCACCCCUCCAACUCCCUCACCCCUCCCUCACCCCUCCAGCCCCCCUCACCCCUCCAGCCCCCCUCACCCCUCCAGCCCCCCUCACCCCUCCAGCCCCC